AUGGUCCUCCAGCUCCACGUCUGGGGCCCAGCGUUUGGCCUGGCCUCCGUCGACGCCGAGUGUCUGGCGGCCAUCACGUACUUUGCAUAUGCCGUGCCGGCCUCUGCAUGGGAGCUUGUCACGAGCAGUCCCUCUGCUGUCCCUACCCGAGCCCUCCCUGCCCUCCAUGAGACCGCCUCAGGAACCUGGGUCAGUGGCUUCACAGCCGUCACAAGCUACCUGAGCACCACAAACCCGGCCUGGGACCUCGACCUCGCUGCGGGCCUGACCCAGCUGCAGGUCGCAGACGCUACAGCCUACACUGCUUUUCUCUCGAGCACGGCGGCACCCCUGCUCGCGCUCUCGCUGUACGUUUCGAGCGAGACCUGGGCUGCCACCACCCGCCCCGCCUAUAGCGGCAUUCUUCCCUUUCCUCUAACCUGGACGGAGCCCCCUGCCGUCCGCAGGCGCAUGUGUGCUGCCGCCGCACACCUCGGGCUGUCCGACUUGAACAUUGAUGACGUUGGUGACCAUGCUGGUGAGCAUGAGCACCGUGGCUUUCUGAAGGUCCCCGAGCGCCUACGCCCGCGGAACAAGAGCGUCAGGGCCGCUCUGGCUCCAGAACAAACCGCCCUCUUUAGACUCGAGGCCGUGGCGCGGGAGUGCCUCGGUGUGUUGGCGGAUGGACUGGGGAGAACGAGAGCACAACAGCAGCCGCGCCAUCCCGGCGCUGGAGGGUUCCUCUUCUUCGACGGCGAUCGCCUGGCCGCGCUGGACUGCUUAGCGUUUGGGUACCUGGCUCUAAUGCUCGUACCCGAGGUCCCGCGGCCCUGGCUGCGGGAUUUGAUGCGCAGGCGGUACGAUGGUCUCUGCGUCUUCGUGGACAGCGUGCGCGACGAGUUGUUUGGCGGCGACGUGGCGUCUCUACCCUGGCGGACCGAGGCUCCGGCAGGUAGUCCGUGGAGGGUCCUCCGCUUUGCCAGAGGCGUUGUUGAGGCCGCCGUGCCCGAGGACUGGCUGCUUGGAGAGUUGUCCCCCGCGCACCAGCAGGGCCAAGUGCAUCAAGUUGUCUCGAAUCGGCAACCAAGCAACGGCGGCCCCGCUGUCCUGUCAGCACUGGGGAGCUCAGCGGCCGUGCUGGGCCUCAUGGGGAGCGUUCUACUGUACCGACACCUGUCGCCUUUCGGGUCAGUGCUCUACCGCUGGGAGAUGCAGAGGAGGAAUCUGGGCGCUGCUGGAGCGUUCUUUGGGAUAUAGCCGGCCGGCCUGGCCUGGCCUGGCUGAUACAUUGUAGGUCGAGAGCCAAGGAGAAGGGCUCUCCUUCAUUUGCUUCCCGAAAUAUAACAGGACAGCUGGCGUAGCAGCGUGAUAGACGUUGCGCCUUGAAAGAUCAAUGAAUCAAUAAUGAUGAGAUCCAGAGACCUGAGACGACACCGUCAAUCAGCUUGGUUCUCAUCGCCAUCCACGCAGCAUGGUCGUUAUGCUUUCGAAGCACGAGAGGAAACCUCUAAGUCUUCUAUCACUGACAGGCACACUGACUGAACCAUGUAUUGCUUGCUACGAAAAAGAAACUAAACAUGAAGAAAACAAAAUAAAAAAAUAUUUUAUGC